GCUACUUUCUCCACUUGUUGGGUCCAAUUCCCCCACAAACUGCCCGUGAUGUGCUCGCGGCCCGGAGCUGGCUUGUCCUUUGCUGGAUUUGAAGUCUUCUCGCGCGUGUUUGCGGGAAGUUUAGGUGUCGUAAAAAUGGAUGAAACAUUUCUCUUCAAGUUCACUCAGGGAGCUUCUGUCCUUCGAUACUGUUGCAAUCACGACUGGAGGUUGCACCCGGCUUGUCCCUUCGCUAACACUAACCAGCGAUUACUACAAAUGCAUGAAUAGUAUCUAUCAUCCGGCAGAAUAGUGUCUAGGCCGCAUGCCAUGGGCUUACAUUAUCAAGGAACCCGGGUAAUAUUUACCAUCUCUUUUCCAUAGUAUCCAAACCGUGCAGUUGCAUACCCCUGACUUCGACGCGGUGGACGCCACGGUUGCAACGUUUCUUC